AUGAAUAAUUUUUCUAUAAAUAGAACAAAUUUUUUUAUAUUAAUAAUCCUUUUGCUUAUAAGAAAAAAUAAAAAUCUGGAUGGCUCUUUCAGCGGGCUAAAUGUGAAAAGAAAAAUUAGGUUUUUGAAUGUUAUGUGCAGAGCUGGAGAGAUGCUUACCUACGACUUUAAAUGUGAACAGUGUAAAAAAGGGUUUUAUAAUUUUUCGAGAGUGAACAAUGUAUGUUUGCCUUGUCCUCUAGGCACAUUUAGCGACAAACUGGGGUCUGUGGUUUGUCGAAACUGUCCCAACGGAUCUACUACAAAUGCUGUGGGGUCACAAUCCGAAUUAGAAUGCAUAUGUAAUAAAGGUUACAAAUUAAACACUCUCUCAAGGAAAUGCAUAAAAUGCAAUGUCCUAGAAUUCUGUGAUGAUAAUGAAAAUAUUUGGUCGUUUAAAAACAUGUGCAUGAAAGAAAAAAAUGAAGAAUAUGUAGAAUUAUGUAAUGAAAUGAAACAUGAAGAGAUAUACAAUUAUCAGAUCUUGUGUUUCAAAAAAGGGGUAUGCUUAAAUUUCAAGGAAAAGAGAAGUUGUUCAGAAGGGAAUAAAUUAAUACAGUGUAAAAUUUGUGAGGAAAAUUACAGAUACGACUUUAUAUCUCCGCAGAACAGUCCUUGUAUUCUUUGCCAUUUACCAACCUAUUUAGUAACUCUUUAUUUUUUCCUACUGAUAUUUUUUAUAAAUAUCUUAACAGUUUUAUGUUUAAACAAUACGAGACAAAUGAUACUAAUAAAAAUGUUUAUCAAAUACACUCACUACAUUUCCCUUCUAAGAUACGUUAAUUCAAAUUACGACCACUAUAUAGCAAAUGUAUUUUAUUUUUUUACCAUUGGCAUACCACUUAAUGAAAUUUUGGACUGCAUAAUUACCAAAGGAACAAACAGUGAAAGAAUUAUAAAGAAGGUUAAUUUUUUAUUAUUUUUACCUCCGUUAUAUGUAGUAUUUUCCCUGCUUUGUACAUUUUCCCUUUAUCUUUAUAUAAAAAAAAUCAAAGUCAGACUAAAUAACAGUACAACUAGCUCUAAGGGAAAAAAACUCAUUUCAGAAAAUGAAAUAGCCAGCGGUUUAAUUAAAAAUGAAAAUCUUUCAAACACUUUUCAUAAAUCACACUUAAGUUAUUCCAGAACAAAAAAUAAAAAUGCACGUGACUUUAUAGACAUACAUGAUAUAAUUAUUACAGAAGGGUUUGGUAAAUGUUUUUUUCGUUUCUUUAUACUAUAUCAUGAUUUUUUAUAUUUCGAAACAAUAAGAUUAUGCAUUUUUUUUUAUUUGUGUAAUUAUGAUGAACAUAGACGAGCAAGUUUUAUCAUAAUUGAUGAUUCAUUAAAAUGUUCAGAACUGAGGAGUAAAAACUAUUUAAAAAUUUGGAUAAUAGUAAUAUAUAAUACGUUUAUAAAAUUUUCUAAAUAUUUUAUAUUAUUAUUAAAGAAAAGUAUGAAAAAAAGAAAGAAUUCUACCAUUUUAGAUAAAGCACUGUUAAUACAUUCUAGCGUAACAUAUGCCCUUCAUGGAGCAGAUGAUUUUUUCUUGCUAUUAUUUCUAGUUUUAUUUCACAAGCGUUUUCUGAAUAAUGUAAAUUCUUCUUUAAUUUAUAAUUGUAAAAAUGGUAUCUACAAUACUAACAUCCACACAGCUCAAUAUAUUAUAACUACUGUAUCGUUUUUACUUUACAUUGUAAUUAUUUAUUUAUAUAUAUACGAUUGGGGCCCUACACAAGAGUUGGAACAAAAUUAUGAGCAUGGUUAUAUUUUACAUAAAACAAGUAGAUUCACCUAUUAUGAAAAAAAAAGAAAAUAUGAUGAAAGUGGAAGAAAUGUACAUAAUAAGGGAGAUAAUAGGUCAGAAAGUUACCAUAUUCAAAGUGGAAACAUAAAAAAUGGAAACACUCAAAAUGACAACAGAUAUGAUGGAGGAAAAAAGAGGCCUUUGUCGGAAGAAGUUCGAACCUUUGAAAUGAUACUACAUGAAGAGAAUAACGAAAAGGUUGAAGUUGAUGUGAAGGAAGAAAGUAGAGAAGGCUCCAGUGACAGUAACGAUUCUAUAUUUGACAAAAGUAAGCAACUUGACAAUAACAGCAGAAAUGGAAGUAGUGGAAGAAAAACACGACAUUGUAAUACCAACAUAUUUAGCAAAUGCAAAGUAGCAAAUGUUGUAACUGAAUUAAUAAAGAAAAAAAAAAUAGAUAAAUUUGUGUAUUACUUUUCCAUGUUCAUACAUAUUACUGUUUUAUUGUCUUAUUAUACCAUUUCAAGUUACGUGCACCUAAGCGGUUUUCAUGGUAUUAUAACUCUUAUUUCAAUAAUAUGCAAUUGUAUAAUUUAUGUAACAUUUUUUUUAUUGCUUCUAAAAUGCGUCAAAGAAGAUAUAAAAAACGUUGCUAGAAAAAAUAUAAGCAGAAUUAAAAAGCUGCUGGAAAAAAUGACCUGUAUUAAGAAGUCCAUUUCAAGAAACCCGAAAAUAGCUAUAUUGGAAAAUAAAAGUUGUAAAAAUUUAAAUGAUUUGAAAUUACGAAAUGAUGAAAUAGAAGAACAGUUUGUGCUGAAAAACGAGAAAAGAAGCAUAAAAUUAAUUAACAACAUUUUAAAAAGUAGUAGAAAUUACAUGAACCGUUUUUCAAAAACAGUUAAUAAGUCGACAGUUGAUAUUGAUAAGGAAACCCCCCCCAAAAAAAAUAAUAAUAAAAAAAAGAAAUACGUGAAAAGAUAUAAAUUAUUUAAUAUUUCGAAAACGUGGAUUUUUUUUUUAUAUAAUGUUAUUGAUUUGUCUGAUGAGCCUGAAAAAUGUCUAGCCAUGUUCAUAAGUUUAACAUUAGAGAAGAGGUUUCCAAAUCUGAACCUAGAAGAGUGUUUAAAAGUGUUGAAUCAGAAUCAUUUUGAUGAAAUAAAAAAUAUUUCUUUCAUUUUAAAAAAUUUUCUCAAAUGCAAGGACAAAUUUUUGAACAUCUUGAAGAAGAAGAAAAAAAUGCAACAUAUGGAUUAUGAGUCUUUAAUCAUUUUUGCAUGGGGAAUGAGUAUUUUAAGUUAUUGUAACUUAGGAGAUAUAAACUAUAAUUUGUCAACUAUUUUAUUUCAUAUUUCAAAUGUCUUAAAUAAAUGUAGAUAUUUUAAGAAUGCAAUGGAUCAUUAUUUGGCUAGUUUUAAUUUUCCACACAGCGAUUUAUACAAUAUGACGAGAAACAUAAAUCAUAGAAGAGCACUUACUUUAAGUGAUCGUUCUUUCAGUGAUAAUUAUUAUUAUGAUUAUUCAGAAAGAACAAAAAAAAAUUUUAAUUUUGUGGAUUGUGGAACGCAGGACUUCACUAUUUGUAGAGAAAGAUUGUGUGGAAAUAAUGAUGAGGAUAAAAACUCAAACGUAAAAGAUGAACAAUUGAGAGUGCAUAGGAUGAAUAACACAGACUUUCCAAUUUCAUCUUUGGAAAAUAGUUCAUAUGACGACUGGUGUACGGCUAUGAAAAAGGAAAACCUGAUGAACGACCUAGAGGGGUUACUAUUAAAUGGCGAACUGAACCUUAUGAUUAUGCAGUUGCUGAAUAGUAGAAAAAAAGGGGGUGUUAAGGGAAUAGGCAAUACAAAGAAAGAUGGAUUCUUCUUUGACGUCAGUCACAUAUACUCUGCUGAGUUGUGCAGAAUAUUCCUUCACUGUUUAUUAGUGGAUGUCAGCGAAUUGUAUUUCAACAUACAUUAUAAAUAUACAUGCGAGAAAUAUAUAUGCACUAAUAUAGUAAAUUUGUGGGGAUAUAAUAUAAGUAACAAUUUUUAUAUGAAAAGAUAUUUUGAAUAUUUGGAAAAAUAUAAUAAAUCAUAUAGUGAUAUAUUUGCAAAUGAUAAAAUAUUGGACAGAGUCACACAAUACGAGAAUAAAGACACUGGUAUCACUUUUAAUAUACCUGAUUAUAUAAAUAGGAACGUUUUAGACAUCGAUUUUUAUCAUGCAUUUGAACGGUUGAAUAGUAAAUCCAAAAAUUACUUAACAAAUUUAACGCAGGAAGAAGGGGAUUGUUUAAAUGUUAAAGACUUAACCGAUUUUGCACAAGUAGAUACUAAUGUAAAAGAGAUAGAGGAAAAAAGAAGAAAAAGAGAAAAAGAAAAAAAGAAGGAAGAAUUUUUAAAAUUUUUUUGUAAUGCUUCACCUGUUUUUAUAGAAAAAUGUUGUCUUGGAUGUCUAGAUAUUGAUGAGCUAAAACUGAUGGAACAAAAAAAAAGAGAUUUUAUUACCUUAUAUGAAAAUAUGGGAGGGGAAUAUAUUGAUCAUUAUAUUAUAAAAAAUUAUGAACAGAAAAUAAACUAUUUUCAGAUGGACAACUACGGUUCAGUUAUUUCGAUAAGUGGAACAUCUUUAAGGAAGUUACAAAAUAUGGAAUCAAAAAUUAAAAAAAAGGGAGACAUAGAAAUAGAUGAAAGGAGUAACAUAAAUUAUAAAAGCGAAGAAAAUGACCUGCUAAGCAUAAAUUACAUGCAAUUUUUAAAUAAAAAUAUGUAUAACUACAUGAAUUAUGAACAUGUGAAGGGUGGGAAAUUUGUCAUAUUCACACAUAACAGUUAUAGGUGUAAUGCUGGUAUUACAGGUGAUUUAAAGGGUAUAAAUUUUUAUGAUAAAAAUUCAUUAGUCAUUAUAAACCCAUCAAUUAUUUUACCUAAGGAAUGUACUGUAGAAUUAUGGCUAUAUUUAGAUGCGAAAAUAGAUAAUGUAAAAUACAAAAAUUUUGUUUUUUCGGAUAAAUCAGGGAAUUCCCUAUUCGUUAUUGAUAGGAAAAAUGAAAAAAUUGAAAAUAUAGAAGUACAUAUCACGCAGAUGGAAAGGUUAAGUAGGAAUUAUAGAAAUGAUUAUGAUAUAGAAAAGAAAAUGGGCAUAAGGAGGGGCAGAUGUGAGAAAAACUGUAUUAACUACGUUAACUGUAGUAAUUGUGGUGGUAUUUACAUAGAAAGCGAGAAAACGAAAAAAUGGGGAAAACUCAACAAAAUAAUAAAAAAAAAUAAAUGGAAUUUACUAAAUUUAACAAAAUGUCCUAAUGGUUUAAUUUAUUAUAUUAAUGGAAAAUACUUAAGCAGAAUUUCAUAUGAAGUACUAGAUUUAGAGAAAAAUUUUGAGGUAAGCAUAUUUGGUAAUUCUUGUUUUGGAAAUAAUAAUAUAGGAUUAUGUUCCUCUUUUAAAAUAUAUGAGUUUUUAAAUAAAGAGGAAAUAAAAAGAAGAUACAAAUUAAUAAAAAAUAUAAAAUGUAAAGAAAUGAUAGGUGACAAUAUAAACAUGGAAAUAGACAAUACUAUUAUAGAAGGUAUAGAUAUUAGAAACGAAUUUAUGAUCGAAAAUAUAUUUUUUAUGUAUUUUGCGCAAUCACAGAAGAAUAAUACUAGAGUGAUACCACUAGCAAAUGACUCGAAGUACAAAUUUAAGGUUUAUCAGUUAAAAUUUUUUACCAAAUAUAGUAUGGCAGAAAAUAAUUUGUAUGGUCGUAAUAUCCUAUUUUGUGAGGCUGGAAAGAAAGAUGAGUGCAAAUUUGGAGAGGUCACCACCCCCGUAUUGCAUUUGAAGAAGGGAAAUAAAAUUAAAAAUGCAAAUAAUUCUAAUGAAAAGAAAGGUGAAAAAAAGAAAGAUAAGAAUAACCAUUCCAAAAUAAAUCUUAUUUAUGAUAGGGAUGAAUAUGGUUAUGAUAUCUAUUUCAAAAAAAUAAGUAGGAAAGGAGAUCUACCUAAAAUUUAUGGAAUAAAUGUUUUUUCGGAUAAUUUAUCAUUUGCAUGUGAUAUGUCUAGUUUUUAUAAUUUAGUUUUAUAUCCAUCUUUGUCUAUAUAUAAUGAGUUGAUCAAACCGUGCGGUUAUACCAUAUCUGCAUGGGUAUUUUUUCCUAUAGAAAAAAAUAUUUCCUUUUCCUCUUUGAUAAGUGGAGAAAAUGAUACACAUGUUUGUAUAUUUAAUGAUGAUUUAAUUUUAGGUUGUAUUGAGAAUUAUAAUAAAGAGAAGAAAGGAUAUAUAAAUUAUCAUUCAUCUGGUUAUAGUAUUAAAAAAUUGAAUAAAGGAUGGUAUUAUUUGAGUGUUGUUGGGACUUUAAAAGGUCAAUUUUAUUUCAUAAAUGGGGGCUUUAAGGGAUAUCAUAAAUUUUGUUCUUUUGAUAAUAUAAAGUACAUUGGUAAUAGUAGUCUAUUUAUAAACCCUUUUCCAUAUAUUUGUUUCAUACAAGUUUCUAAUAAGCCUCUUUCAAUGAAUGAUAUAUUGUAUGAAUACACCAUUUCUCCUUCAUGUUAUAAUUUUACAUAUUCCUAUUAUUAUUUUUAUUUAUCUUCUUUUUUUGCUAAUUUGAUUACAAAUGAGUUAAAAAAUGACUCUAUCACUUUGGUAAGCGAUUCAUCCAUAUCAGCAAAUCAUUUGAACAAUGCGGACUACGUUCAUUUUGAUAUCACAGAAAAUUAUGAUGUGCAUAUAUAUCCCUAUCAUGAAAGCAAACGUUAUUAUUUUUCUGUAUCCCUUAACUCUAUGAAGAAUAGAAGAUUAUAUUUUUUUAAUAGCAUUAAAGACCAAGUUAAUAAUUUGAGCAUAUACUUAAAUAAUUAUGUAUUAUUACCUGAAAACUGGACUAUUUUCACAGUAAUAAAUCUAUCCUAUGUAAAUGAGUCAAGUUAUCAUUGUUUGUUAGGAGGACAAAAUGGAAGCUCUCAUAUCGUUAUUGAUGGCUCCGAUUUGUCUCUAGGUGUUUUAACAAAUUUGGAACAUUUAUCAAAUUUCUCAAAUUCAGGGUGCGGUUUUUUAUGCCAACAGGGGAGUUAUAAUAAAUUCAAAAAUAAGAAAAAAUUUAGAGGAGAAAAAAAUGAAAAUAUAAUUAACAUAAGCCUAAAGGAGAAUUCUACUCCAAAGGAACUCUCUCUAGAGAGGAGUUUUUCAAAUAAUAAAAAAAAUUAUAACAGAAAUGGGAACAAUAAAAUUAACCCUUAUAUGUUAAAGCAUAAAAAAUAUUAUGGGAAAUUUCACAGUUCUGGUUAUAAUUUUCAGAAUAUGUUAAAUAAGAAUAUUUUAUUAACAAGCAGAUGUGCAAAAAAUGAGCAAACCUUUUUUAUUAACACAUCUAAAGUAGGAGUGUGCCAUUCAUGCUCUAGUCCUAUAACUUGUAUUGGAAACUGCUCAUCUAUUAAUAAUGAAUAUUUGUCGCCUUUUGGUUUCUACAAAUUUGUUAGAAUUGUAUUUGAAUAUGUUACUGAUGAGCAAAUAAGAGAAUAUUACAAUGCUCUUAACUUAUAG